AAGAGGAGGAAGAAGCUUUGACUCCCUUAAUAAAAAUGGCUCUCCCGACUUCCCUUUCCUGCCGCUCUGCGAACAUCACUUCCAGAGCGAGGUGAGGGUGGAGCGCGAACGGGAGAAGCUGGGAAUGGCGCUGGUAAACUGCCGAACUCUGGAAUGGUUCUACUCGCUGAUUCUUCUUGCUAUUGUAUUGCUUUCAUGGGGCUACGUCAUUUAUGCAACUCGAAUAGCAGCCAAAUGGCACUUAAAGGAGAUGUAUCCCACACAAGCCCAGAAUAUUUAAGACACCUUCAGAGUGAAAUACCACAGAAAUAGAAGCACAUUCUAUAAUUCCAUAAAUAAUAAUCUGCAAAAACUUGCAUUCCAAACUAGAAUGGCUAAGCUGCAGGAGUAUUGAAGCUUCAGAAAUAGAUUUAGUGUUGUAAUACUUAACACUAAUAAUGUAUAAUUGAGAAAAAUCGGGGAAAAUAUCCUUGAUAUAUUAUUUUUAAAAAAGAAUGUACUGUUCAGGCUGGAGCAAAGUAUUGCAGGCAGUCUACAAACCCAGAUUACAGAAUGCAGCAGUCUUCUGAAUAAAUAAAUGAUUCCAGAGCUGAUAUGGAAAGUCAGCCUUAUGAAAGACAUUGAUUAAGAAACUGAUCAAGAAGCCAGUUUGGCAGCAGAUCAAGAAGUCAACCUAACAGUAGAUCAGGAACUUCCAGGCGUCCUGAUAGAGGACAUUCUGCAAAGAUAUAUGAGGAAAGGAAAUAUAAAAGGCAAUUACUAGGAGAGGACCCACAGAGUUAACAAAGAAACCUCUUCUACAAGAGAAAGCAAUGCUCUAAAGACAUCCUUACCAAAGCAUUAGGCCAUUUGUGGGAAAACUGCUAGCAAUGCUGACAGGCUCUCCCAUUAAUAUUGAACAACAUAUAAUAAUGCAUAAUUUAAUGUUUGAUCUAGAAAGCCAGGCAUGUGCUAAUUAAUUACAGCUUUUCUUAUUCCAAAGUAAGGAACACUUAUAUGAGUUUAUCAACUUUGCUAGAUGCCCUUUUACUAUAGAUGCGUAUGAUGAGCAUGCAAAUUAUGACUGUUCAGCUCCAGCAGGUAAAAAGGGAAGCAACUCAGUCUUCUAUUACUACCAUAUCUCCUGAUGAAACUGAAACCCAAGUACCUGAACAUAAUGCUUUCAGGCACCCUGGGAUGAUGAAAUGCCAGGCUCAUCUUAUUCCAAUUUAGAGCAAAUUCAUGCUUCUCCAUCUACUGUUUUAGACACUUCUGCAAGCUGUGAUGAAAACCCUUCUGCAAACAACGGUUGCAGAUGUCACGACAAGCAAAAUAGAAGUGAAUGAUGACAACUGUGAUUUUUUUGACAACUGUUGUUGACUAUGUAAAACCAUUAUGAAGUAAAGACUCAGUGACGAGGACAGCCAUACAUCUGGAUCCUGAUGGCCGGCAACCCUGUGGCAGGCCCAAGAAAAGGGGGAUGGAUUGCAUCGAAGAGGACAUGAAAUACAUGGGUGUUGCCCCUAAAGAUGCGCUGGAUCGAGCCAAAUGGAGAAGACCCUGCCAUACCGCGGGAG